UGGUUUUUUUUCGGUCUAUGUGAUUUGUCUUUUUCUGCAUGCCGUAGUUGGCUUGCAUCAGAAGGUCUGUAAGGUCAAAAGUUACUGACGAGAGAGUAGAGGACUGGGAAGGAGAUUUUCAGUAGUCGUGCAAGUAAAACAACGCCAACAUGUUCAAGAUCGAAGGACUGGGGCCAAAGAUGGAUCCCGAGGAGAUGAAGAAGAAAAUGAGAGAGGACGUUAUCUUAUCUGUCAGGAACUUUCUGAUAUAUGUGACGUUGCUCAGAGUCACUCCUUACCUCCUGCAGAAACUGGAUAGCAUAUAAAGACACACCCCAUCUUAGCCCUUGAAGACAACCCCUUUAGACAAUUUUGAGAAGUAUGGAGACCAGGUGAUAAAGCGAAUGCCGUCAAGACAUCAAAACACAGGGAUGCUUAUUUGGAUGUGUGACUGAAAAUCACCAUUGUUUGAAUACACUUUUUUUUUUUACACUGGAACACUGCUUUUCCCUCUUCACUGUGGUGUUUUAUUAAAAAGAAAGAUUAUUUUUAAAUGUGUGUUUUUUUGUUUAUUUUUUUAAUAUACAGUAAUACAUUGAGUUGUGUGAAGCUGGCUUGGAAUAAUUAAGUGUGUAUAGUGCUUUCUCUUUCUAAAUGUGCGAUGUUGAAUAGCACAGACUUGCAAAAUAAUAUGAUGAUGAUUAUGUCAUUCAAAUCAGUUUUAUGUUCCCAUACAUCCAUAAUGUUCAUUUAAUUAAAUUACAGGUAUGUUUAAUUCCACUGAAUGGCCCGACAAAUUAAACUACAUACAUCCAUGUAUCCCUGAAAUAAAGUUUUGGUAUAAGA